CCUCGACCCUUCCAUAUCGCAGCCGGGCCCCAUCAGCUCCACUUCACCGUCACCAUCACCUAUCUCUAUCGAUACUCCGCACUGCGCCCCUUGUCGUCCGAACAUUGCGCACUGCGACCGCUAAGCGCUUGCGUAAAGAGCGUUGGAUUUGGCUUGUUUUGAUUUUGGAUAUCGGACAAACGCCCUCCACCACCACCGCGACGGCCCACCACACCACGCAUCACUUCACUUCACUUCACGAUGAAUCGCACACCGUCGCCCCCUCGCCGGGUGCACACGCCACCGGCGCCCCUUCAUGGUGACAGUUGGGAGCCAUUCUCUCCGCGCCGGUCCAGCAGGGUCGCAGCACAACGCGGUCUUCACCUCGAGCAAACGGACAGCGCGCGCACCCCGCGGACCAGGCGCGACGUAACGCCCACCGCCUCGUGGAGGAAAUCUGUCGCCCGCACCUCCAAUCUCACACGGUCACCACAGUCACCGCCAAUCUCUCCACCAAAACACCGCACACCACAUUCGACGCGUCGCGCUCUCUUCCCUGCUGCAGCAGCACUCGACUCGGAUUCAGACCAGCCUCCACCGACUUCAGGGCGCCGAUUCCUAGCAUCAAUGGCUCCAGGCAUGCUUCCGACUCCAGCGAAGACGCCUCGCAAGCGCGCGCUGCACUCCGAGCAGUCACUUCAGCCCACAGCACGCGUUCUAUUCCCAAGUCGCCCGGCCACUGUCGAGGAGGUGACCCCGCGGAAGGCGCGCAGGACCACUAAGAAUGUCUACUCCCUGAACAGCUUUGAGGAGGCUGGAGAGUCGUCUGAGAAGAUCGAAAUCUUCACCGACUCAAAAGAGCGCAUUCCCACCGCUGACGAGGACGAGGAGAACCCGUUCGUCACCAAGAAGGGCAAAGGGAAGGCCAAGGCCAAGGCGAAGAAGGCUACUCCACAGAAGUCGCGCAGGAAGGACGCAAAGACAGAGGACAUGGAAGAAGCCGUAGACCGCGAGGAGGGCAUGAUCUAUCUUUUUCGAGGAAGGAAAGUGUUCCGCAAGUUCCACAAUGACCAUCCGUCAGAUGCUCCAACCGAGGAGGAUGACGAGGCUUCUGGCGUCGAUCUUCAGUUGCUCCGCCAAGCUGGUCAUGAAGCGCGUCGACCAUUGACUCGCGCGUCCAUCAAGCCAAAGCUACUCUUCCAGGAGGAGAUCAAGCAGAGGAAGCUCGAGAAUGGCGAAGUAUCAGAAGACGAAGAAGAGGCAGUAACCGACAUCGAGACUCCCGUUGCAACCCCAAGCCGAGGCAAGGGCAAGAUGGUCAUGCACAUCGCAGAGUCGCUGCAAGAAGCAACACCGCCCCCUACCGUGCGCAAGCCCAAGCGAGAGAUCUCAUUCGACUCCUGGACACGCGUCAAGUCCGCCCACAGCUCAAGCAGCUUCUCGCGCGGAGCCAAGCGCAGCGGGUCACCGUUGGUCCGUGAGGCGGACAAGAAGGCUCGCAGUGAGCACUCCACGUCUUCCAUGUCUAUUGACGACAUCUAACGCGGCGCAGCCCGUUCUUGAUUCGUUUGCACUCGAGUGUUGGAUAGCUACAUUGCCCGACAGCCUCUGCUGCUUGAGUUGUUUUUACAGUCCUGCUCGCGUUAUCUUGUUUCUUCACUGGCGUUACAUGAACAUCAGACUUAGCGAUCAACACCAAAGGAUACCCAGUAUUUGUGCGCUUGUAUGUAGUGGUUUGUGCUACUCUGUCGCACGGUAGGUAUAUUCUGUCUGGGGUAAUAGAGGGGGGAAAUGGCAUCUGCGUAUUGCAUAGCGCGCGUGGCGAAGCAUCAGCACCGGCAGGACCAGCUCGGCUCACACUCGCACAUUGCAGACGCAGUACGAAGUGAGUGUUGGGGGCCACAACACACUUAGCUAGAAUCAAAACAACCAAACAAGCAU